AUGGGUUUUGUCGGCGAUACGCUUAUUAUUGUAUUUUCUCAACUCUUCUUUUUCUUAGGAGGCUGGGUCUUCUUUCUUCGUAAACUCUUUAAGGAUUAUGAAGUUCGUCAAUUGACUGUUGUUGUUGUGUUUUCGUUUACCUUUUCCCUCUCUUGUCUUAUGUUCGAACUUGUAACUUUCGAGAUUCUCGAUAUCUUGGAUUCCUCUUCCCGUAGACUUCAUUGGCAGUUUGUGUUAGUUAUCACUCUGUUUGACGUCAUCGUAGUUUUGCCUUGUCUUAUAUCAUAUUACGUAACUGCAACGUUUGGCUUUCUUCAAAAUAAUUUCAAAUUAAGGUUAGGUAGUUCUCUUGUGUUGUUUCUCUUUUAUGGAUACCUGUUUUGGAAACUUGGGGUGUCGUUCCCUAUAUCUAGUCCUCGUCACUCAUUCUUUUCCUUUGAACCAUGCAUUGGAAGGGUUGGAGUUAUAGGUGUCACCAUAAUGGCACUUCUUUCCGGAUUCGGUGCCGUCAAUUACCCCUAUACAUGUAUGAGCCUCUUUGUUCAUCCUGUCUCCCGAGUGGACAUUGAUGCAGGUGAAAAGCGUCUUGUGCAAACUCUAAACAUGCUUCUUGCCAAAAAGCGUCGCCUUUGUCUAGCUGAGUUGGAAAAGAAAUCAUCACACUACGGUAGUGGAUUCUGGGGAGUGAUACAUGCAGUUGGAAAUAGGCUGGGUGGGACCAAUGUUAAUGUUCAAACGUUAAAGGAUGAGAUUGCAAGUCUCGAAGAAGUUGGUCGGCAUCUUUUCUUAGAAUUGCACCAACUCCGCUGUGCUGAGGAGCGAAUUCUGUUCUCACACACUCUCAAAGGCCAAUACUUCAACUGUCUUGGUUACUUCUUCUGUGGAUAUUGCAUUUGGAAAAUUAUCAUCAGCAUAAUUAACAUAUUGUUUAAUCGCGUUGGUCUGCAAGACCCCAUCACCCGUGGAAUCGAUAUUGUUGUACAUUACUUGGGGUUCGAUGUUGAUGUCCCCUUCUGGUCGCAGCAAAUCUCUUUCUUGCUUGUUGGAGUCAUUGUGGUGACUUCCAUACGUGGGCUAUUGCUCACACUUACCAAGUUUUUUUAUGCAAUUGCAAGUACCAAGUCGUCUAAUGUCAUCGUACUCUUCAUUGCUCACAUCAUGGGCACGUACUUCCUCUCUUCUGUGGUACUCUUACGAAUGAAUAUGACGGCGGAAUAUAGGACAAUCCUCACUCAAAUCUUGGGAGAUCUUCAAUUUCAUUUCUACCAUCGGUGGUUUGAUGUUAUAUUCCUAGUUAGCACGGUCUGCAGCACCUUCUUCCUCUACAUCGCUCACAAGCAGGUGACUGAAACUACCUCAGCUCGGAUACUUGCUGACGAGGUCAACUUCCAUUCACACUCCUGCUGA